AUGGCUUAUCGUCGUACAGUGGAGAACGAUACACAGCUUUUCCAAGAAAGAGCAUACAUCAUUCCAAAAGUGGUGGAUAGUUAUCUUGGGUUCGUGGGCAAGAUCAACGACCUCACGUCGCUUCUUGUGCGAGUCAAUUUCGAUCUUUCCAACCAGCCAGCCCUGGUGCAGGAACAAUAUCAGAUAGAGAAACUUCUGGGCCUCAAAACAAAGCUAAUCAAACAAUACCUACUUUUAAGAGAGUAUGUCAUCAGUAAUACCCAGCAUUUGAAGAGCCUUAUUUUACAAUAUAAAGAAAUCGAAGCGGAGAUCGCAAAAAUGGCGUCGCUCAAAAAGAAAGACCGUGCUUUGGAAGCAGAAAAGCAAAAGAUCAAAGACUCGCUAGAUAAGAUCUCUGCUAACCGGGCAAUGACCCAAAAUAUUGAGCGGGCGUUGAGAUCGAUGCGCGACGCCAAGGACAAAUCGUUUUCUAAAACCGAACUUAUAGAAUUAUUCGAUGGCGAUGAAGCCAAAGUCGACGAGAUUCUUUUGAAAUUGAAAUCGCGUCAAUACUACGAUAAGCUUCGUAGUAGAGGAGCCAACGACGUUGAGAAGUACUCUUUCAAAGUGAAGCUCGACUAUUCUUUGGAAUUUCUACUCAAGAUGAAUGGGGUCCUUGAAGGACAGAUCGAAGUGGCAAAGAGCUCUGUGGUCAGCAAUAGAAACGCCUGGGAAGAGUUGAGUAAUAAGAUCAAUUCUUUGAGUGAGAAGUUGAUGGAAUUGGCGUAA